GGAGCCCGAUCUGUAAAGCGGUGGUUCGGAGCGGGCGCUGCUAUGGCUGUCCGGGCAGCCUGCCGCGCCUCCUCGCCUGACGCGUGAGCCCGAGUCCGGCGAGGGGCCGGGGAUUCAAAUUCUUGUCUUGAGGAGCUGUUGGAGCUGGAGUUUCCAUAGCUGCCUGUUAACCUGAGCCCUUCAGGAGCCGGUGAAGGCUUCCCAUCUCACCUCAGAUGGCAUACACUUACACCCUGAGGUACCUGUCUCUGCCUGUUGAUUACAGGGAGUUGUGAGAUGGUACCUUAACCCAAACACCUGCUUGGUGCUGGCUGACGCUAGUUGGGAUAGCAGUCCCUCAUAACCUGGAUGGCAUGUGAAGAAAUGCAAGGAUACCCCCAAGAAAACUUGUGCCCAAAGACAACGAUGGAGUGCCAGAAAUUUAUCAAGUUUGGGAACCAGCUCCUUCGCCGGAAAAAUGUGGACUGCACUCGAGAAGACAGCCGGCUCUCACGGUGCCUCAACACCUUUGACUUGGUGGCCCUGGGCGUGGGCAGCACUCUGGGGGCAGGUGUCUAUGUACUGGCUGGGGCUGUGGCACGGGUGAACGCAGGACCUGCCAUCGUCAUCUCCUUCUUGAUCGCUGCCUUGGCUUCCGUGCUGGCCGGACUCUGCUACGGAGAAUUCGGUGCUCGUGUUCCUAAGACGGGAUCGGCUUAUCUGUACAGUUAUGUGACUGUUGGCGAGCUGUGGGCCUUCAUUACGGGGUGGAAUUUAAUCCUCUCCUACGUUAUCGGAACCUCCAGUGUGGCCAGAGCCUGGAGCGCCACGUUCGAUGAAAUCAUAGGUGGGCACAUUGAAGACUUUUGUAAAAGAUACAUGACAAUGAACGCUCCGGGAGUGCUGGCAAAAUACCCAGACAUCUUCGCUGUGGUGAUCAUCAUCAUCUUAACAGGGCUUUUAACUUUUGGUGUGAAGGAAUCUGCCCUGGUGAACAAAGUGUUCACCUGCAUCAACAUCCUCGUCAUCGGCUUCGUCGUGGUCUCUGGCUUCGUGAAAGGAUCUGUUAAAAACUGGCAGUUGACUGAACGGGACAUUUACAAUACCAGCCCUGGCAUUCAUGGAGACAAUCAAACACAGGGAGAAAAGCUCUAUGGUGUUGGAGGGUUUAUGCCCUAUGGAUUGAAAGGAGUCCUCUCAGGGGCAGCCACAUGUUUUUAUGCUUUCGUGGGAUUUGACUGUAUUGCUACAACAGGUGAGGAGGUGAAAAACCCUCAGAAGGCCAUUCCUAUUGGCAUCGUGGCAUCUCUGCUCAUCUGCUUUGUGGCUUAUUUUGGUGUGUCAGCUGCCCUGACACUCAUGAUGCCUUACUACCAGCUGGAUACCAACAGCCCAUUACCCAAUGCCUUUAAGUAUGUAGGUUGGGAUGGAGCCAAUUAUGCAGUGGCAGUGGGUUCCCUAUGUGCACUUUCUACGAGUCUCCUUGGCUCCAUGUUUCCAAUGCCUCGAAUAAUUUAUGCUAUGGCAGAAGAUGGACUUCUCUUUAAAUUUUUGGCGAAAGUCAAUGACAAGAGGAAAACUCCAGUAAUUGCAACAGUGACAUCAGGAGCCGUUGCAGCUAUUAUGGCCUUCCUCUUCGACUUGAAAGACCUUGUGGAUCUCAUGUCUAUUGGGACCCUCCUGGCUUACUCGUUGGUGGCAGCCUGCGUAUUGGUAUUGAGGUAUCAGCCAGAGCAGCCUAAUUUGGCAUACCAGAUGGCUCGAACAACAGAGGAGACAGAUAACAAUGAGUCUGUGAGCACAAGUGAGUCUCAGACUGGGUUUCUGCCAGAGGAAGAGGAGAAAUGUUCCCUCAAAGCCAUACUGUGUCCCCCAAAUUCAGACCCUUCCAAGUUCUCUGGCUUGGUGGUGAACAUCUCCACCUGCAUCAUUGGUUUCCUUAUCGUGGGCAGCUGUGUCUUGACUACCCUCAAGCCAAGCACGCUGAUAAAGGCAGUAUGGAUUAUUGCUGCAAUCCUUGUUCUCAUUAUCAGCUUCAUUGUAUGGAAACAGCCUGAAAGCAAAACUAAGCUUUCCUUUAAGGUACCUCUUCUGCCCCUUCUUCCUAUUGUGAGUAUUUUUGUGAAUGUUUACCUCAUGAUGCAGCUAGACCUAGGCACAUGGAUACGGUUUGCAGUCUGGAUGCUCAUAGGCUUUAUCAUCUACUUCUCCUAUGGAAUAUGGCACAGCGUGGAAGCUGCAUACGCAGCAUCAGCAGACACGGAGAGAAGCAUGGACACUGCCUCAGACAGCUGCAAAUGACCACGGGUGUAGCUCAUGGGCAACCGGGGACCGCUGCAGCGAAGGCAGCUGUGCCAUGGGGCUCCUGAAGUGUUGCAUCUGGUUAAUCAGUACUGCAGCAAGAAGGAAGCGCAGUGUGGGAAUCCCCAGGCCUGUUGCUGCAGCUUGCAGUUUGCUUAGUAGCGCAGUUAGAAGGGAUCACAAGGAAAAAAAGCUGCCCCACUGGCUGCUCCCAGCAAUGCUGUCAGCUGGUCCGGGGCCAUGCACUCUCCCUUCUCCCUCCUGUUGUUUUGUUUUGUUUUGUUUUUCAAUGUCUAGAAAGAAAACUGCUUCUGUGUGCCAGUUAACCUGAAAUGCUGCUAUGAAACCAGGCCUCACAGAGGUCCUUCUUUCGGUAGCCCUGGGAAUGACCUCCCCACAGAUAUUCUACCUGAUAUACACAGAGCACAACUGCAGUGCUGUUGUCACGCUUAGACCAGACCCUUCCUUCACCUGAUGUGAGCUGUACCACCUAUGUAUAUACAAAGAAAAGGCUGUCGGCAAACAUGAGCUUUCACCUUGUUAAGAAGGCACCUGCAAGGUUUAUGUUCUUCAGAGCAUCGGGUUUCCUGGUUUUUAUUGCAUUUAACUUUUAACUCGGUAUUCAUGUACUUUAGAACACACCGCUACUGUGAAAUGUUGGGAGGUUUAUGGCUGCUGCUUGUCGGUUGAAUGGUCAUUUGGCAGUGUGCAGAUAAUGCAAAUGGAUGUUUCUGCUAACUUUAGGCUCAGCAGAGGGAUGUGGGGUUUAGUCAUAGAAAUAUCUGGUGCGAGUACUUGAAUGUCUUUUAAUGGCACAGGUGUCUCCAAAGAGCCUUCUACCUCUUCAGGUCAGAGCUGACCAGCAGUGGGGCUGAACCGGUGGGGUGGCAGAAGUGCUCUUGAGCCCAGCUCUAGAAAUGUGGUUGGUUGGAAGUUAGAGGAGCUGCCCCAGAGUGGGCUGUGUGAAUAGCAGAGAACAGCAUUUGGCUGUGAGUGUUUGGCAUCAGUGUGAAGCGUGUUUGUGUCCCUGGAAGGAGGAACACAGGAAGAAUCUCAAGGGCUUGAACUUCAUGUGUGAGCAGCACUUGCGUCUGUGCCGAGUGCCUCUUGGGGCAUGAGGAUGUUGUAGGCUCUCCUCCUUCCCGGUGGUCCCAUCAGAGCAGGGGGCACUCACUAGGGGCUGGCUUGCUGAGAGUUUACCUUGCAGUCCCCUGGAAGCAGGCUGCUCAGCUGCUUAACAUGGGCCUGAGCAGGGCUGUAAAUGUGCUGAGCCCCUGCUCUGAAUGCUGCCCACCCACCCCGUGCAGUACCGUGCAGCUCUCACUCCAGCAUGUACUGCUGUGGGGCCAGGGAUGCUUGUGCUGCCUGCACAGCAUGUCCCGGGCCAUGGGAGUUCUCCACCUUUGGACGUGUUGGGAAUGAGGUUGGAUGGGCCUUUGAGCAAAGAGGUCCUGUGCAAGAUGUCCCUGCCCAGCCCAAGCCAUUCUAUGAUUCUGUGGAGUUCAGAGGUGAGACCAAAGUCUGUGUUGAGCUGGGAACACAGACGUGGCCUUGGCUUUGCUGAAAGGCAGUUUCAAAAAAGAUUCUCUCAAAUAUCUCCCCAGCCAAAUCCACUGCCCCAAAGAAGGCUUGUGGAAGCGUCCCAAAGGUGGGUUGUGCCCACGCAACGCCAUUAUUUAAAUGUGCUGAAUAACAAAUGCCAAACAGAUACUGCAGAAAUCCUCUCUCCUAACCUGUGUGGGGGCUGCCCCAGGUGUCCUCCACACCUCUGCCUCCAAUGCCUGGGGCUGUUGGUCUGUUGGCCAUCACAACUCCUGCUGCUGAGGGGAAGGGCGCCUGUCCCCAACAUACUGGUGGGGACCAAGGAAGGGGCUCCAUGUGGCUUAACCAGUGACUCAGCAGGAACCUGGUGCAGCAGAAGGGGGAUCCAGGCCAUCUCCCUCAGUCAUAUUGUGGUGAGUCAUAUCUUGAAGGUUUCCAGCACAGCCUUUCUGCCCACAAGGAGUUCCAGUCUUGGCCUUCUGGCACACUGGGAGGCUCUUCUCGGGGCUGGAGCUGGGUGGAGGGAACGUGCUCAGUGUAUUGCUGUCUGGGUGUAUUUUCAGGGUGCUUUCAGGCUGGCAGAUGGCCUUGACCAUCUGCCAGUCCUUUUUUCCUUGCGCACAUACGAAGUCUUACUCAAGCAGGGAGAGAAGAGUAUCAAAAUUAAAACCCAGGAGGUUGAGAUCUAUUUUGAUUUAAACACGGGCAAAAACUCAGUGUGUGCCAUCGCCUCCUGGGAAGCACUGAGGAUGUGACAGGAUGAGGAAAAAGUGGAAAAUGGAAACUCAGAGGGUGUGGAAGUUUCCCAUUGUACCAAAAAUGUAAGGACCUUUUUCUUUGCCUUGGGUACCAACUCUGAGCAACUCAGACAUUCAGCACUGAUAGUAUGAGGCUGAAUUCUGAUGGAAGUGGAUUUCCAAAGAAAAUUAUCUAAAAAUAUGCAGAUUUCUUGCUGUGUUUUUUUUUAAUAAAUGUUAACUUAUUUUUGUUGUCUUCUUAGGGAUCUGUUCUGGUAUUUAUAUCCCGUAACUUUAUUUCAGCUUCUGUGGCGUGUAAUAUCAGCACGUAGGAGAAAGGGAAAGUCUGCAUUGGGCUCAUUUUCCUGCUGUUUCCUUUUCUCCCAGAAGGUUCCAUAGGAAAAUCCUUCCGUUUCGCCACGCUUUGUGUUCCAGUGUUCCAAUGAGCCAUGGCCUGUGCCAGCCCUGGGGAAGCCCCCAUGCCAGGCUGUGUGCAGGGCUCAAUGAUGUGCUCACUGCUGCCUGCUCUGCCCUGCCCUCACUGCUGCAUCCCCGCCCCGCUUGGAUUUGCAAGCUGAAAGGUAGAAAUUUGGCUGCCUGUUUCUGGGGUGAUGUUUUCAAAUGGGUGAUUUAUUGUUAUUUUUUUUUUAUAAGUUUUCAUUUGAUUAUUUUUUUUUUUGGUCUCUGCGUCCCUGCUGAUGUCUGCGUGUCCCAUAGGUCACCCCAGGUGUCUUUGGGUACAUGCAGCUGCUGCUAUCACCUCGCUCUUGUGAACAAGAUGCCUCUCCUCCAUCGAGCUCGUCUUUGUAAAUAGUUCAGCAAUUGUUUUGUUUUAUUAUGAUAAGGAUAUUUUGUACGGAUGCAUUUUGCUAGAUGGAGGGGUGGGGACUGAGAAGUGCUGCCUUUGCUUGGUGCCAGAGGAGACCCUUUUUGUGUCAGCGCGAUGACUCUGCCCAUGGGGUGGCCUCAGUUUGGCCAACCUGGAGAGGAGCUCGCUGCAGAGGAGCCACCAGCACGUGGCCCACAGCCUUUCUCAAAGGCAAACUGCUGUUACAGCAGCGCCUUUCUCACCACAAAGGCAAUUUGGUGUAAAAAUCAUAGAAUCGUGACUAGCUUUUGCAUACUUCCUUACAAACAUCAUUCUUUGGUUGCUGAAAAUCGUUGCCGGGUGGGUUCUGGCUUCAUUUCCUAUUUCUCUCAUCCCUUGGGGUGCAGUUCACCAUCCUCUUGCAUGGUAGUGGGGGUCACCCGGCCCUGGUGUGGGGCAGGGAGCAUAGCCUGGAGCCUUGUGGGUGUGUAAGGGCAGGGUUUUGCAAGGGGGGGCUCUGAACAUGGAUGCUCAGCAGCGUUCCCCCAGGCCAAACCAAACCCCGGUGGCAGUGGGCAGUGCCGUGGGCUCCCUCCAUUCCUAUUGACUCAGAGACAAAGCAGUGUUAGGGGGAAUCUCAUUUUGUAAGAUCAACUCUUCAGUGGCACUGUUCUGAUCGGUUCCACCGGGAUCUCUCCAAUUCCUCCUAGCAGAAUUUCCACCCCCAGGAAACCACCCACAAAUGAGCAUUGCUACCAUCAGCCCAAGUGAUGGCAGCAGCGUUGGGUCCCCGCACGCCUGCACCUCCACCCCAUCCCUGCUCAUGGGACCGUUCCCUCUCUGUGUCUGAGCCCCCACCCCGGCAGGGCACGGAGGGCGGCACCUCCUGGGAUGCUCUCAGGGAAUUUGCCCCCAGGCCGAGCCGUGCCCUCAGUGCUCCAUGGAGACACGGUGAGCGCGGCCAGCAAAGCGACUUUCCGGACUGAAGCCAUGGAAGAGUCUGUACAGUGUUUAUUUUUGAAUUAUGAAGCAAACUGUAUAUACCUUUCUGUUGACGGUCUAUUUUCCUAAUGGUUUCUCAGAGUUUCUUACAGGCGUGUUAAAUAGUUUUGAUGCUUGUUCUGCAAACAGAUCUAUUUUUGAUCUUUUUUUACCUUUCUUUCGGUUGGAUUUCUUUUUCCUGUGUCCGUGCAGCGCUUGAAGCCUUACAUUUGUAAAUGUGACCCCCCCCAUGCGUGUGCACAGCUCCCUUUUCUCCUGGUGCCACUGUAAAUACUUCACCACCAGAUGAAGCUUUUGGCAAUUCACUCCUCGUUAAGUGGUACAGCAUUAAAGCAUUUUUCUCAGUACUCGAAUAAA